UUUUACAGAUUAAUAUUACGAAGGUUUUUGCAACUUUUUCUACAUUGAAUCUCUGUUUCUGUUGAAAGAGCGAGAAUUGACAACAAAAAAAUUACAAAACAAAGCCUGUUUUCUUCCUCUUUGUUAAUGAAACUGAUGUCACUCUAAAAAAUGUCAGCUUAAUGUCAGCUUCUGCUUCAAUCUGCUGCUGGGUAGACUGUGAUUCUACGAAUCAUCUGUCCCGUGGGCAAAAUCAGCCUGAAUUCCAGCACCAAAGCAUCCCACGAUAAAAGCCUCAAUCAUUCAUUAACUCUCACUGGCAAUUCCUCAAAGACUUUCUCUGCAUCUUCCAUGAACAAAAACUUCAACUAAACACUUCACUAAACCACUGUCACAUACGAAUCCAAUCCCAACCUUACUUUCAAAAAGACUUCUUUGUUUCUUCAUCCGUUUUCUACCAUUGCUCUUGAUGACUAAGUCACAUAAUCAAACAAAUUAAGCUCACCUAAUCCCGUCCCUAUAGUUCCUUGAACGUCUUCUUUAACAAUGUCAAAUUCCUUAAAAUUAUCGGGAAACCCGAUUUGCCAAAACAUUAACCAUUUGCCUGAUGCUAUUCUUCACCACGUAUUAUCUUUUCUUCCCACGAAAGAGGCUGUGGCCACAUCCGUUCUUUCGAAACGAUGGCAUUCACUUUGGACUUGGGUUCGCGUUCUUGAUUUUGAGGACUCACCAAGUUGCGAAACCAAUGAAAAACAGAGAAUAGACUUCAUGCACUUCGUUUACAGAGCUUUGAUCCUCAACAGGGCGGUUUCUCUAGACAAGUUUCGUCUCAAUUGCGACAUCAUUCACGGUCCUUCGUGUCUUAACGCAUGGAUUGAUGGUGCAAUUCGCAAAGACAUCGUCCAAGAAGUGGAUAUCUCAGUUUCAGCUACACAAAAAUCCCAUUUCUUGAAACUCCCAAGCUGUGUUUUCACGACCAAGAAUUUAAAGGUUCUGAAACUGAGUAAAGGAAUUCUUAUCGAUGUUCCUAAUAGCAUGUCAGUUUGUUUUCCAAGUCUAAAGGUUUUGCAUCUUGAUUUUGUUGAAUACGCGAAUAAUGAUUCUGUUUCGAGGCUUCUUCAGGGUUGUACUGUUUUGGAGGAAUUGCUUGUAAACAGAUCUUUCAGAGAUAAUGUGAGAAAUUUCAUUAUUUCCGUACCUACAUUGAAGACUUUGAACAUAAGUGAGCUUUUAGAACCAAAAAACUUGUUAGAAUAUUUUAGUCACAGUUACCAUUAUGAGCUUACGAUAAAUGCCCCGAAUCUUGAGUACCUUGAAAUUAUAGAUUUGGAGAGUUUGGUGCACUUGGAAAGUGUCUUUGUUAGCUUAAUCAAAGCAAAUAUUUCUUUUCAUGGAACUGGCCUGUUCCAACUUGCCAAAGCCCUCUGCAAUGCUAAGUUUCUUUUCUUGAAAUGGACCUGUUGUGGCAACUCCAGGGCAUCACUUGAGAAUGCCUCCUUUCCUUUGUUUCUUAAUCUGACCCAACUAGAGCUACAUUCUGGUUUUGAAGACUGGGAUGUGAUACCACACUUUCUUGACAAUUCUCCUAAUUUAGAAGUCCUUGUCCUUGAGAAUCCAAUAAUCAUGAGGAAUAAGCAAGAGUGUUUUCCCAAAUGUUUAUCCCCACACCUAAGAAAAGUUCUCUGCAGAGGAUUUGAAGGAUGUGAGCAUGAGCUAAAAAUGGUGGAGUAUAUAUUAAUGAAUGCUAGAGCUUUGGAGUUGAUCGAAAUAUGUAGUAGCUUUGAUAUGUCUUUCGAGUCAAAGUUUGCCUUGCUCCAGAAGUUAUCAAAGUUUCCAAGACGUUCCGAGACAUGUCAACUUACAUUCAAGUGAGAGAUUCUUCUUGAAGAUAAUAGUAAGUCCUAUUGAUUUUCCCUUCUUUAAUUUUGAGAUAUAAUUCAAAUAAAUGUUGUUUAUAAGGUUAAUUAUCUUAAUCUCAGUUAAUAUAAGUAAAAAUCAUGUUGCUUGAAAAAAAUUGUGAAAAUAAUGUUAAAGAUUUUGUAUCAAUAACGCUACUGAUCACAUGGAGCUGCACUUGAUAUCAAUGAAAAAACCUGCAUUAUGUAUACCAAGCAAGAAAUGUUCCUUUUCUUUUGAAUAAAUUUUACCCAUUUCAUGCUCUCAUUUAAGCAUUUAUAUAUGUAUGUGCUCUUUAUGAUUCAUCAGGUUUAUUUGGCUCAUUAUUUUGCUUUUCCUCUCCCAAGGUUUAUUGAACACAGGAUUUUUAUCCGGCCCACUGCCCAUGAUGCAUCCAAAGCAUGUAAUUAGAGAAAAUAAAUUAGGUGGUUUUUUUCUUAACAGAAGUUAAGGAAAUUAUUGUGCAUUUUAGCCAAUUUUUGUUUGUGGAUUAAUUUGAGUUAAGACUGUAUAUAUUAUAGCAUACAAAUAUUGUCAGUUACAGCAUCCUCAUUGAUAGCUUUUGCAAACAAGGAUUAAUGUUGGAAGCAUCACAUGAAUUCCAUUGUACUCUAGAUAGACAUUUAUUGUGUUACAUAGAGUUAUUGCAAUGUUGGUCGAUUAGCUGAGGCUAGGCUGUUAUGAUGAGAA